AUGCGGGUUCUUAAUAGUGUUCUACUAUGGCUAUUCGUUUUGCUAGGUGCUGUCAGUGCAUUGAGUAAUGAGAAGCUUCACAAGCAGGCGAAUAAAGAUGGUGGUAUUAUUAGAUUAACGAAUAAGAACUUCAAGCGGAUCCUAUCUGGCCCUCGUAACUCAUAUAUUAUGGUUUUAUUGACAGCCACGAAUCCGCAGGUGAAUUGUGUGCUUUGUAAUGAAUUUACUCCUGAAUACCAAAAUCUGGUUGUUUCGUGGAUCCGGGAACACCCAGAUGGGUUGAGCACAGAGAUAGAAGACCAGGGUCUCUUCUUUGCAAAGGCUGACUUUAUCGAUCCCAACACUAAUGAUGUGUUUGGAUACUAUAAGGUAAAUAACGUGCCAAAGAUAUUCUUGUUCAAACCCAACGGCAAUAUUGAUACAUAUGACGAUAUUGGGGUGCCCUCCAAAGCUGGGCCUCAGCGUGUGCAAGCUCUUAUUAACAUGUUGAAGGAUCAAACUGGAUUUCAUAACUUCAACUACUAUGAGCCUUUUAACUGGGGAUCAUUCGUUGCUACGGUUGCGUUUACUAGUAUCACAACUAUUUUGGUGAAGAAGAACAAGAACUUUGUGUUCAAGGUUCUUUCGUACAGACCAGUCUGGGGAGUCGUCUUCGUGACUUUAAUCAUUGCGCUUACAACUGGAGCUAUGUUUAAUAGGAUUAGAGAUACUCCGUAUGUUGGUGUUUCGCCAGACGGUACUCAGGCCGAAUACAUUGCGGUCAGUCAGCAGCAAUUUCAAUUUGCAGUUGAGUCUCAAAUCAUGUCAUUUAUCUAUGGUGCACUAGCGAUUGCAGUUUUACUUUUGACAUUGUUCACACCGAAACUUAGUGAGUACUAUCGAAAGAACAAUAAGUCCGCACAUGCUCCAAUUUAUUUGGUUUCAUCUUUGGGAUUUGCGUCGUUCAUUUACAUUGCAUUUGCAGUUUUGAUUGCAGUAUUUAAGCUGAAGAAUAGCAGCUAUCCAUUUAAAUUACUAAGUCUUCCGUUUAUCUAG